AUGCCUCCCAAUACGCCUACGACCGCGAAACUCACCUUGAGCCCAACCAUCCUCGCUUCAAGUUCACUUAAUCCCAUCGACUUUGCGCCGUUUGGGGAAGUGAUUGAGAACCCCGCCACGCACUCUGAUCAUGGCGAGACGAAGCUGGAGAGGGUCGAGGCGAAUCAGGGCAGUGCGAUCAAGUGGAUGGAUGUGACGAGGUUGGAGAAUUGGUAUACGCUCGCACCGAGCAGGAAGGCGGCGAGGAGUGUGGUGAAUAUGUUCGUGUGUAAGCCGAGGCGUCUCGAGGAGAGGGAGGGGAGGAAGGUGUUUCAGGUAAAGGUGUUGGAGAGGCAUCCUUUCACGCCGCAGACUUUCGUACCUCUGGGUGUGAGUAGGGAGGACAAGGAUACGAGGUACAUGGUCAUCGUUGCUCCGACUUUGAAGUCUACGCAGAGGGAUCGAGAUGAUCGAUUACAGCCAUACCCGGCUGAGAAGCCGAAGAGCGCGAGAUCGUUGAAGGACAGGCUACUUGGAGCGAGGCCGAACCCAUUCACGAAUGACCACGAGCCUACCACGACGCCCUCCCCAGCAGACCUCGACAGAGCGACAAGACCAAAAGGUCCCGGCGAGCCUGAUCUGCAGAACAUGCGUGCCUUCAUCGCCAGAGGUGAUCAAGCCGUGACAUACGGCCCUGGAACAUGGCAUGCGCCGAUGGUUGUGCUGGGCAAGAAAGACAUCGACUUUGUGGUUGUGCAGUAUGCAAAUGGAGUGGCUAUCGAAGAUUGUCAAGAGGUAGACGUGAGGGAGGACAUUGCGGUGGAUGUGAAGGAUGGAAGUGCUGAGCAAGGUGCCAGUUUUGAAGCUGAGCAAGCACUCGUUGCUCACAACUCGUAUGGAUUGAAGGAGGGUGAGGGCAAGUCGAGUGAAGAGGCGAGUAAGCCUGGGUAUAUGAGAGCGAAGCUGUGA